CCGCGCUGACGCACCAUGACCGGCUGCUCCGCCUGCGCCGCCACCGCCGCCGCCGGCCUGGUCAGGGCGCUGAGGCGCCGCCUGAAGUCCCUCCGGCGGCUCCUGCUCUCCUCCGGGUCGGACGGCGGCGCCGGCUGCUGGGAGAAACCCGGGCUGGAGAAGCUGAGAGCUUUAGAGUGUUGUGGACCAGAAUCUCUGAGUGAGGCUGAUGACGUUCCCAUCAAAGAGAUCAGCAUCACCCACCAUGUGAAGGAGGGGUCGGAGAAGGCCGACCCGCGGCAGUUUGAGCUCCGGAAAGUUCUGGGUCAGGGUUCGUUUGGGAAGGUGUUUCUGGUGAGGAAGGUCACAGGACCGGAUGCAGGUCAGCUCUACGCCAUGAAGGUCCUGAAGAAAGCCACGCUGAAAGUUCGCGACCGGGUCAGAACCAAGAUGGAGAGGGACAUCCUGGUGGAGGUCAACCACCCCUUCAUCGUCAAGCUGCAUUACGCGUUUCAGACGGAGGGGAAGCUUUACCUCAUCCUGGACUUCCUGAGAGGAGGAGACCUGUUCACCCGCCUGUCCAAGGAGGUCAUGUUCACCGAGGAGGACGUGAAGUUCUACCUGGCGGAGCUCGCUCUGGCGCUCGACCACCUUCACGGCCUCGGCAUCAUUUACAGAGACCUGAAGCCUGAAAACAUCCUGCUGGACGAGGCCGGACACAUCAAGCUGACAGACUUCGGCCUGAGCAAAGAGUCGAUAGACCACGAGAACAAGGCCUACUCCUUCUGCGGGACGGUGGAGUACAUGGCGCCCGAGGUGGUGAACCGGCGGGGGCACACGCACAGCGCCGACUGGUGGUCAUACGGCGUACUGAUGUUUGAGAUGCUGACGGGAACGCUGCCGUUCCAAGGCAAAGACCGGAAGGAGACGAUGACAAUGAUCCUCAAAGCCAAGCUGGGAAUGCCGCAGUUCCUGAGCUCGGAAGCUCAGAGUCUCCUCAGGAACCUGUUCAAACGCAACCCAGCCAACAGACUGGGCGCCGGGCCGGACGGCGUGGAGGAAAUCAAGAGGCAUUCGUUCUUCAGCCGGAUCGACUGGAACAAACUUUUCCGCAGAGAAAUUUCUCCCCCGUUCAAACCGGCCGUCGGUCGACCCGACGACACUUUCUACUUUGAUCCCGAGUUCACGGCGAAAACGCCCAGAGACYCSCCSSGCGYCCCSCCCMSCGCCAACGCCCAUCAGCUCUUCAGAGGCUUCAGCUUCGUGGCCAUAACGGAGGAGGAGCCGACGCCGAUGCCUAAUACCAUCGUGCAGCAGCUCCACAGAAGCACGUCUCAGUACUCGGACACCUACGAGGUCAAAGAGGACAUCGGCGUCGGCUCCUACUCCAUCUGCAAGCGCUGCAUCAACAAAGUCACCGGCAUGGAGUACGCCGUGAAGAUCAUCAACAAGACCAAGAAGGAUCCAACAGAGGAAGUGGAAAUCCUGCUGAGAUACGGACAGCAUCCGAACAUCAUCACCCUGAAGGACGUGUAUGACGACGGCCGCUCGGUGUUCCUGGUGACGGAGCUGAUGAAGGGAGGAGAGCUGCUGGAUAAGAUCCUGAGGCAGAAGUUCUUCUCUGAGCGGGAAGCCAGCGCCGUGCUCUACACCAUCACCAAGACCGUGGAGUAUCUGCACGUCAACGGGGUGGUGCACAGGGACCUGAAGCCCAGCAACAUCCUGUACGUUGACGAGAGCGGCAACGCCGAGUCCAUCCGGAUCUGCGACUUCGGUUUCGCCAAACAGCUGAGAGCCGAGAACGGCCUGCUCAUGACGCCGUGCUACACCGCCAACUUCGUCGCUCCAGAGGUGUUGAAGAAGCAGGGAUACGACGCAGCCUGUGACAUCUGGAGUCUGGGCGUUCUGCUCUACACCAUGCUAACAGGCUUUACUCCUUUUGCUAACGGUCCAGACGACACACCAGAGGAGAUUCUGGCUCGGAUCGGCAGUGGGAAGUUCUCCCUGACCGGAGGAUACUGGAACUCUGUCUCCGCCGAAGCAAAGGAUCUGGUGUCUAAGAUGCUGCAUGUAGAUCCUCAUCAGCGACUGACGGCGGCUCAAGUCCUCAGACAUCCCUGGGUGAUGCACCGAGAACAGCUGCCCAAGUUCACCCUGAACAGGCAGGACGCACCGCACCUGGUCAAGGGCGCCAUGGCCGCCACCUACUCGGCCCUGAACCGGAACGUUCCCCCGGUCCUGGAGCCGGUGGGCUGCUCCACUCUGGCCCAGCGGAGGGGAGUGAAGAAGAUCACCUCCACCGCUCUUUGACUUCCUCCUCUUCCUCCUGUCAACUCUGACCUCGAUCUGAUCGCCUCCGGACCUCCCCCGCCGCCCCCUGCGGUCCGGUCCGGUCCGGUUGGACAGACUACUGAUGGACCUGAGAGCCGCUUACGCCAAAUAGAAGCACAGCCCGUCUCCGCCCCGCCCUGCACCUUACCGGGUUCUCCUGACUCCCAGCUUUAGCAUCACCAACCAACACAAACCGGGGAUCCGUGGGUUGACCCGUGGAUGGCCCAUGGGUUGACCCGUGGGUGGACCCGUGGGUUGACCCGUGGGUGGACCCGUGGGUUGACCCGUGGGUGGACCCGUGGGUCGACCCGUGGGUUUACCCAUGGGUUGACCCGUGGGUGGACCCGUGGGUGGAUCCGUUGGUGGACCCAUGGGUUGACCCGUGGGUUUACUUGUGGGUUUACCCGUGGGUGGACCUGUGGGUUGACCCUUGGGUGUGGACCCGUGGGUUGACCCGUGGGUUUACUUGUGGGUUUACCCGUGGAUGGACCCGUGGGUUUACCCGUGGAUGGACCCGUGGGUGGACCCGUGGAUGGACCCGUGGGUGGACCCGUGGGUUGACCCGUGGGUYGACCCGUGGGUGGACCCGUGGGUCGACCCGUGGGUGGACCCUUGGGUCGACCCAAGGGUGGACCCAGGAACUCGGCCUCUGCUUCGGACAAUCAGCGCUUCCUCGCCUCUGCGAGGCUGCGUCAGGAAAACAAGAGUAUUUAUUAACCUCAGACGGGGAAUCAUAGGAACAAAGUAAGGAAAGGGAGGCGUUCUGAAGAGCUCGGAUCUUUGUUGUAGUUGUAGAUUCUGCAUUUAAACCUCAAGUAGCCUCUGAGACGGACCGAAGUCCAGAUCAGCUCAGGAAGCAGCCGCCUGGGACUGUCGCUGCUCGCCUUUUAAAAGGGAAACCAACGUCCCACUAAGAUCCGCUCUGUUGGGAAAACUUUUUUCUUUCUCCACUUUUUCAUCGUUCAGGAACAAAACAGCAAAACGUUUCAAGCAUCCACCAUUGAAACCUUUGUUUCCGCCAACAUUCGUCCAAAAACCAACAUGGAAAAUUCUCUGGAAUCAAACUGAACGACUUAAAUCUGCAAAAAGAGUUUUCUGACAUUAUGCUGCCCCCUAGUGGCCACAACAGGUAUAACAAGCCAUUUUUCACCUGUUAUUGUGUCUACUUAAUUUUUUUCGUUUUUGGAAUAAGAAACUUAUAUUUGAAACCCAACAUCAUGAACAUGUUUGGUUACUAUCUAAUCUGAUCAGAAACAGAUUUAUGCAGAUUAGGGAGCAACUAAAUCUGUGGUGCUCAGUUUUUCUCCUUUAGUUUGUGGAAAUAAAAAUGAAGUUAAAAUUUCA